AUGGGAAAUCAAUGUUGUGCAGGAAGAGAUUUACUUUAUAAAAAUAAAUUGCACGAAUUCGGUUUAGAAGGGUCAAAGACAAUAAGAAAAUUAUUAUCCUUUACAAGCAAUGAUAUUCUAAGAUUCGAUAAGGCAUAUGAUGAGAAUGAUGUGCAAGAAUUUGUCAAUUUAUGUUCCUCUAGUUGCGAGAUCGAAAAGUUAGAGGACAGAAUGCAUCCUUGGGCCGCAGACCCUAAAACAAUAGGAGCCUUAUCAGCAACUCAACUGGCAAUUCUGGCUAGCAAAGAGAACGAACCUCAUUACAAAGAUGCAAUUCGUGAGGCCGACGGAAUACCUGUUUUCAUAAAUUUGUUAAAAUCACAUGAAUUAGAUAGAGUACAUGCGGCUGUUGUUGCCUUGUCAUUUUUGUCCGUUGACAAUGUGAAAAAUUGCAUAUGUAUGUUUGAGAAUGGGGCCUUACCAUAUCUUAUUAGUGGAAUGAAGUCAAAUAUAGAUGGGAUGAAGGCGGCUUGCGCUCAGACCUGUAGAAAUAUUUUUGUUCUGGACAAAAAAUACAAAAAGGAAUUUUUAAAACUAGGAGGAAUAGUUCAACUCGUGAAUUUAUUAGAACUACCUCCCAAUUAUGAUGAUAGUCAACCCCUAUAUACUCAAUUAGAGGCAAUUUAUCACUUGGAGGAUUUUAUACUGAAUGAUGGAGAUGAAGUACCAGAAUUUUUGGAAGUAGUAAAAAGCUCUAAUGCAAUUAAAAAUUUAAAAAAUUUGCAACAGUGCCCUGAACAAGAUCUUGCCGAAGCUUCAAAUGUUCUUCUACUAAGACUCACCGAUUAG